CUGGAUAGAGGGAGCCGAGGGGGGGCAGGCAUGCGUGUGUGUGAGAGUGUGAGUGCGAGGGAGGCUGGCCCUUAGUGUAACCGGAGCUACAAAGAAGGGAGACAGGGAGAGUCUAGAAGAGGGCGGAGGAGAAGGCGGAGGCGGCGCCGGGGGCAUCUCCAACACCCUCCCCCUUGGAACAAGCCACAUCAAACCGGCCUCCGCCACCGGGACCCCGGGCCGGCCCCCCACCCCCUCCCCUCUGCCCGAGCCCACCCGGGAUGAUGAAGAAGAACAAUUCCACCAAGAGGGGGCCCCAGGAUGGAAACCAUCAGUCCGCACUGCCUGAAAAGGUCGGCUGGGUGCGGAAAUUCUGUGGGAAAGGGAUUUUUAGGGAGAUCUGGAAAAACCGCUACGUGGUGUUGAAAGGGGACCAGCUCUACAUCUCUGAGAAGGAGAUAAAAGAUGAGAAAAAUGUCCAGGAAGUAUUUGACCUGAGCGACUAUGAGAAAUGCGAGGAGCUUCGGAAAUCCAAGAGCCGGAGCAAGAAGAAUCACAGCAAGUUUACCCUGGCACACUCCAAACAGCCUGGGAACAUGGCACCCAACCUGAUCUUCCUGGCAGUGAGUCCAGAGGAGAAGGAGUCUUGGAUUAACGCCCUCAGUUCUGCCAUCACCCGAGCCAAGAAUCGAAUCCUGGAUGAGGUCACUGUUGAAGAGGACAGCUACCUUGCCCAUCCCACCCGUGACAGAGCAAAAAUCCAGCACUCUCGACGUCCCCCCACCCGAGGACACCUAAUGGCUGUGGCCUCAACCUCUACCUCUGAUGGAAUGUUGACCUUGGACCUGAUUCAAGAGGAGGACCCCUCCCCUGAGGAACCCACUUCUUGUGCUGAGAGCUUCCGAGUUGACCUGGACAAGUCAAUGGCCCAGCUGGCAGAAGGCCGGCGACGGGCGGAGUCAGACAGAAUCCACCCCGCCUUGGACAGGGGCCGUAGCUUUCCUCGGCCCUGGGAGAAGCCAGACAAGGGGGCCCCCUAUACUCCCCAGGCUCCCAAGAAGCAGACGCCCUCGGAGAAAGGACGAUGUGCUUCUUUGGAAGAAAUCUUGUCUCAGCGGGAUGCUGCCCCAGCCCACGGCCUGCCACAGCCCGAGGAUCACUCCACCCCAACCCCACCUCACCCUGGACAGCUGUCUCGGAUCCAGGACCUGGUAGCCAGGAAACUGGAGAAGACUCAGGAGCUGCUGGCGGAGGUGCAGGGGCUGGGGGAUGGGAAACGAAAGGCCAAGGACCCUCCACGUUCUCCCCCUGACUCUGAGUCAGAACAGCUGCUGCUGGAGACAGAGCGACUGCUCGGGGAGGCAUCAUCCAAUUGGAGCCAGGCAAAGAGAGUACUGCAGGAGGUGAGGGAGCUGAGGGACCUGUACAGACAGAUGGACCUUCAGACCCCAGACUCCCAACUCAGACAUACUCCUCAGCACAGCCAGUACCGGAAAAGCCUGAUGUGAGGGGCGGGAAAGAGGGCUCUAGGACACGUUGGGGGGAGGGAUGGGCAGACACUGGGAUAGGGCUUGUUUUGUUUUAUUUUGUUUUUUAAUUUACCACAAUCAAAAAAAAAAACCAAACUCAUGGCUCCUGCUGGUGCCUAAUCCUCCCUUGAUCCCUCCCCCUGUCCCUCUGGAGCCAGAUUUGAGGGAGAGGUAUUCUCUACUGAAUGGUAAAGAUCUGGACCCAAAGAGGAGAGAAGAGAUGUUGGAGCCUAUCUGACUCCACUGCUAGAGGCUUGGGGAGGAGUCCCUGAGACCCAGCCUACCCUAACACAGAGGCUAUGUGUUUAUGGUUCAAAUCCUAGUCUGAUGGGGGCAGAGGGAAUAAUCAUUUUAUGCCCUUACCCAGGGUGGCCACUAAGGGUGACAUUUUAGCCAGAAAGUCCAGACCCUGGGGAGGCGGGUUCUACUUCCAUCUGUUUCAACCUUUGGUUAUCAAUAAAGAGAAGGGGGCUCAGAGUGGGGAAAGAAGGAUAAUCUGUAGAAUCCAAACAGCAAUCGGAUAGGAUCUUUCUAACAGCCCCUCAUUGCGAUUUGAGCUCCCUCUUUUUCUCUUUUAUUUCUUAUUUUGGUAUUUACUUCUCCCUCCACCCCAAAAUGAG